AACCGUCGCGUACGCAUGUGUGAUUAUACAGAAAUACGCGUGAGUGAUUUACCGUUAUACUUUGUAGAUUUUUUUUGUACCGCUAAGUUCGUACACCCGUUUAAUAUAAUAUGUGAUAUUAUUAUACAGUAUUUAGCCAUAAUUGGAAAGUUACGUUUAACGUUCUGGUUUUGUAAUACAUUAAGAUACUAUCUUAAGCUGGCACCAAUAAUGAAGAAAGUGGGCACUGUUCCCACAGGGAAAAGCGGAGCCGGUGGCCAUAUCGGAAAAAGCACUCCAAAAUUGGGCUCCGCUUUAUCCUCCGGUGGCAAGCUACCGUCCGUUCCGUCUACUUCUCCUAAAAAUGUUGUAUCAUCAUCUUAUCAGCCAUCAAGAAAUAAUAAAUCGUCAACUUUUGGUAUAAUAUGGUUACCGGGUAAAAGACGAAAUAAGCAUAAGGAAUUGGUUUAUAAUUCCCACAAAAAUGAACGUUCUGGUGACAGAGCGCCAUCUAUGUACAAUUUCAUGUCGGGAGAUUCGUCUAGCCAGCAGACGCAUUUGAAGAAGAAAGAAGAAGAAUCAGAUCUAUUGGUACCUCAACAUAGUGGCCAUAUUCCAGUAACUGUUGCGGGUGCAGGGGUUGCAGUAGCAUCAGAACUUCCAUCUGAUAUUAUGAGCACAAAUUCAGAGGAGAGGCAAGAAUUUAUUAAGAGUGAUAAAGAAGAUGCAGCUGGAGACGCUAAUGAUAAUGACAAGAAGUUAGAUAAAGAUUACCUUGAAAACAAUGAUAUGGACAAAAGAUCUUCAAACACAAAGACAGAAAAAGACAAAUUAGGUGAUAAUGUAGAUAGUGUGUUUCUUAGAUCCCCACCACCUCAUAAGACUCGGUCUACAGCCUCCACUGUUGAGGAAGAAGACUGUGGAAUUAAAUGCCUAUAUUACACAUUGCAAUGUUGCGAUUGUGUGCUCAUGUAAGCUGCCACUAGAUUAGUUAUUUCUAUCAUAUAUAUGUAUAAGGGGUAUAUCUUGAAAUGAUGGAUAAUCUUUAAAUUAAUUUAUUCAUUAUACUUUUAAACUACAUUCCACAAGAAUUAAUAACAUUGCACAAUGAACUACUCUGCAAUCAAACAAAGAUGAUUGUUGAUUGGAUGACAAAGAUAGUUAUUAUAAUAAUUUGUAAUGUACAUAUAUUAAUUCUUAAAUUUGUGGAAAUUUUCACUGUAGAUCAUGAUUCGUCGUCAUAUACAUAUGUAUAAUUUACUGUAUAAUUAAAAAUACCAUUAGAUUAUAAUCUAUCUUGUGAAAUUGUAAACUUUUGAAAGAAUGAACUGAAAUUUACUGCUUAUAAUUUAACGCAUUACUUCUCGGUAGAUUGUAAACCGAAGCUCAUUAAAGUUAAAUUACAAAAACUCGUAACCUAAUAUCACCAGUAUCAUAAACUAUCGAAAUUUUCAAACUGCCGAAAUAUUGUGAUCACCAUUCACAAUAUUUCGGCAGUUUAGAAUCUUGCGAGAUAGAUUACCAUCUAAUGGUAUGUACAUUUUUAUGGUGAUAUAUAUAUACACUUCUCAUUUAGUGAGACUAAACAGUGACUUGGAAUAAGUUAUUAGAUGUAACUCAAUUAAGUUAAGUUCUGAAAAAUACAGAGAUUGGAUGAGGAAAGACAGUAACUCCGUACUGACACAACUUUUCUUAUUGCUUUCAACUUGAAUGUUCUUUCUUAUUAUUAAAAUUUGCCAUUUGUUAAUAUAAUCUUGCACAGCAUAUCAACGAUUAACAAGACAUAAAUAAACUAUAUUAAUUUUGAUAUAUAUAAUUAUGCAUUUGUAUGAACUUUGAGAUUAAGCUCUGUUUUUAUAUUUAUUUUUGUACCAAAACAUGAAUAUUUUCAAGGAAAGUAACUUUUGAUUUUAGCAUUAGAUCACUGACAUUCCAACUAAAACCUCAAUUUUUGUGAUAAGUAUUAUAUAUUUUUGUAUUUAACUUUAUGUAGUGUUUAGUAUUAAACUUGUCAAUCCUUACUUGGAUCGACACAUUUCAGUGUAAGGUGCUGAAAAAUUUGUUACUUGAUUAUUCAAUUAUUACUUUUAAUUAUUCAUACAUUCAUGAUGAGUUUGGUUUACAAUUAACUUUACCAAAACAGCAAUUGAAUCUCACCAGUCUCCGUCCACUUUUGGAGUCUGUCACUUGGUAAGGAAUAAAGUAUUAUAUAUUUUUAUAGAUGUACACAUUUUGUACCGAUAAAUAAACAUAUGGAAAAUUUA